CACCUCAAAUCCAUUCCUCUAACUGCACGAGGACGAUGCCAAAACCCAGGCUGAGCCAAAAUGUGGAUAUUAAAGCGGGGGAAAAUGAUGUUUGAUUAGGAAUGAGAGGAGCACGACAGCGGAAGAGCUCGGGAGGAGAGCACUUUUAGAGCCGGAGCUCGGAGGAGCAGGAACUUUUAUAGACUUCCAAGUGAGCUGCGUUCAAGUAUCCAGCAGCCAGACUUGUUUGACUCGGGGAUUGCGCUGGUGGACUGCCUUGGCAUCUGACCGGAGAUGAUGCUGUCGGCUUGAGGAGGCGUGGAGAUCGCGUUUGUGUCAAGAUAUUGUUUUCUUUUUGGCUGACAAUGGAGAAUAAAUGAAACAAACGAGGCACCCCCGGAUUAAGUGACAACAACCGACAGGAUGAAGGAGAAAGACCUGCAGAGCAUGUGCAGAAGUGCAUUGCUGCUGACCGUCUGCAUGGUGUCGCUUUGGGGCCAGCUGACCAGUGCGUCGUCACACCGAAGCCACAUAGUCCACGUGAAGGCAGGAACGUGUGAGGUCAUUGCCGCACACCGAUGCUGCAACAAGAACAAGAUCGAAGAGAGGUCCCAGACUGUCAAAUGCUCCUGCUUCCCGGGGCAGGUGGCGGGGACAACAAGAGCAGCGCCAUCAUGUGUAGACGCUUCCAUAGUUGCCCAGAAGUGGUGGUGCCAGAUGCAUCCCUGCAUGGACGGAGAGGAGUGUAAAGUGCUGCCGGAUCUCAAGGGAUGGAGCUGCAGUACAGGAAACAAAGUCAAGACAACCAAGGUCACACGAUAGUCAUCUGGAACUCGGACAACGUUUUCGGAUGGAGACCUCCUGAGUAUCAACACCCCAGGACAUUGUGUGAUUGAGGACCAAUAGAGACAAUGAUCACAGACGUUUCUGAAACUGAGUGGAUGUAUGGAUUAAGGAGCCGGGAGCUUGGUAUUAUAAAAAAGUUCUUGUCUUCAAACUCAACCAACAGUAGCUUUCUCCGGACUCUGUCGCAACUAAAUCUCUAUUUGUAUCAUAGUUUUAUUCCAAUAGACUGACGAACUGUGGAUUUCCAGAGACCGAAAAAAAAAAAAAUCUAAAAUCUUUAAACAAAUAUAUGUGAUGUGAAACCAUUGUGUUUUUUUCUCACCAAGAAGAGCGCCAGGACUCUUGUUGCAUCUCUAUGUUGAAGAUCAAGUGAGACAAAGAAGCAUUUUCAUUCCUUUAGGCCUUAUGGAGCUGAAAUCUUCAAGGUUUUGUUUGUUUUUUUUGGACUGAAAACUAUCAAGUGUUUGGCUUUUUAAAGUUUAUUAGGAUGUCAAGUCAUCAGAUGUUAAAACCAGUACAACCCAGAGAAACUGUAGUCGAGGUGAACCACACGGCGAAAUACAUGCUGCCACAUGUUUAAAUGGUAUUUGUUGUUUUCUGAGGCUGGUUGAUUACAAAUGUCAGUAUUAUCUCAAUAAAUUUAACUUAAAGGAUCGCUCUUCUGGUUUUCGUAUGCUCACUACGAGAAAAAAAGCCUUUGAAUUCUUGCAUUCAUUUCAUUUGGCGGCAGGGUCGCUGAGGGCUUGGAGCCAAUCUGAGGGACGCUGGAUGGACGUCGAGGGCCGACGGGGACAGGUUUACUGAUCCAUCAUUCAUGGUGACCAACCUGACAACACUAAUGCAGGGGGCAUAUUUUAGCCAUAGAGUCGAAGUCACAUGACUUUUCAAUGUGUUUCCCUUCACCCAGGUCAGAUGUCUUUCAUUUAAUCAUAGUUGAACAAUACGAGCAUUCUGCCAUGAUCAUCCUGUCUCAGGCUGAGCGACAUCGCAGAGGUUCCUUCGCUCUGGUCACA